AUGACUACCCUAGUCGAGAAGGCCGAGGCCCUGCACCUCGAUGGCAUCGGUGCCGAUCUUGUCGGUGUAGCAGAAGUUGAUGGAUAUGAGAGCUAUGGACUCGUCAAGUCUAGAUUUGAUGAGCUGUCCAUUCCUCGCACUGUUUGGGUUUUCAAGCGAGUCCUUCUCGUCACACUCGCGGUCUAUACUGGCUAUGUUUGCGAAGGCUUUGAGCUUGGUGCUGGCGGUGCCAUCAUAGCAAAUGCCGGCUUCAUCAAGCAAUUCGGUGAUGGUAGUACAGGUGUGAGAGCACUUGACGCAACCUGGGUGUCCACGUGGAGCGCUCUUCUAAAUGUUGGUCAAAUCGUCACCUUCACCCACAUCUCUUGGUUCGCCGAUAAGUAUGGCCGCAAGACUUCGUUCUACUUGGCAUGGGCCUGGCUUGUUGUUGGGUGUACUUUUCUCAACACAGCCAAAAGUCCCUCAGUCUGGGCUCUUGGGAAACUUUGCAAUGGCGCAGGCAUCGGCGUAUUACAAGUAACAUGCCAGGUAUAUGUCAUGGAGAUCAGCCCGAACAGAAUCCGGGGAGGAAUGGUCACCUUGCAAUCCAUCUGGAGCAACAUAGGAGGUAUCAUCUGCGCCGUAAUGAUGCAACAGCUCAAUAAGAAACACGCCGAUGACUAUUUAUUGGCCAUGCGAAUCAUUUGGGUUCCAGUCGGCCUCAUGAUUGUUUUUUGGGCCUUUGUUCCGGAAUCACCCUGGUUUCACGCUCGGCAUGGAAAUAAAGAAAAGGCGAUGAAAGCGAUGAAACAACUGUACGGCGGCGUCGAUGGCUAUGACUUCGAAGAGGAGUAUGGGAUCAUUGAGAGGACGAUCGCACAUGAAAGAGAUGUGCUUGCAGAGACGCCAAGUGUUGUUCACGUCUUCAAGGGACUUAACUUAAAACGGACACUCACCGUGAUGGUUCUUGCAGUCACCCAGCAACUCUGUGGCCUCGCCAUCAUCUCUACAUACUCAACAUAUUUCUUCUCUCUAGCAGGUCUAGACGACCCCUUUCUCGGUUCCGUCAUUCUGAGCUGCUGCAAUCUCCUCGCCGUCUUGCUUUGGGCCGGAAGCGUAGACAAGCUCGGUCGUCGCACCAUCAUCAACACAUGCCAAACAGCGACUUGUGGAAUCCUCUUUAUUGUGGGUGGUUUGCACUGGUCAGGGGCGACGACAGGCAAUGCUUCGGCUGGCACCGCUCUGCUGGUCAUUUGCUGCUUCUGGACCUUCUUCUUCACCAUCAUCGCCAUGUCGUAUUAUGUUUUCUCAGCUGAGUUGCCAUCGGCUCUCCUUCGAGUGAAGACUGGCCCGGUGACUUUCUUUACGAACUCAGUCAUGGGUAUUGCUACCUGCUAUGCGACACCACCCAUGCUUCUGGCAUUGGACCUCAAAACGGGGUUUGUCUAUGGUGCCUUCUCGGUGCCAAUCUGUGUCAUCCUUUGGCUAUAUCUUCCCGAGACCAAAGGCCGUUCUGCCGCCGAAAUUGAUGAGCUGUACGAGCGCAAGAUCCCAGCGUGGAGGUGGUCCAAGACCGCAACAGCUGCUGAGGGACAAAUGCACGCAGUUGUGGAGGUGAAGGGUGGUGUCAAAUUCGCUCAGACAUCGAUUCACCAUCAAAAGGCCAAUAAAGCAGGAGAGCCGUAG